AUGGUUCCAUUAACAACAGUUGGUGCUGCACAAGUUUUACCUGGUACUGUUUUGCAAACAAAUGGAAAUAAUUUACAAUCAAAUUCAGUUUCGAAUAAUGAUUUAGUUAUUAUACAAGAUACAACAGGAGCUACAAGUCAAGCUGAAUUAAUUAAUCAAUUACAAAAUCAUAUAACUGAAAAUCAACAAAUUUUAAUUAUAACAGAUGAUCAAGGACAAGAUCAAUAUGUUAUUAUUGAUAAAGAUCAAGAUAUUAAUGCACUUUUACAAGAUGGCUCUUUAUUCAAUCAUUAUACUGAACAACAACAAAUGGCUCAAGUUCCUACUGGUUUACAACAACAAAUUUUACAAAUCGCAUCUAUGCCAACAAUUCAAACAACACAUAUGCCAUCAGUAGUUUCAACACCUGUACCUAUACAACCAAAACCAACUCCAAAAGCAAUUGCACCAGCUACAAUGAAUCCAUCAAUUAUACCACAUAAACAAUCAUUUCAUAGCAAAGUAAAUGCAAAUGCUUUUCAUGCUCAAAAUGUUGAAGAAUCAGUUCAACGUGUUACAGCACCACCACCUAAACGAAAACCAAUUGAAAUUCAUUAUGAUCCAAAAGAAAAUUCAUUUCAAAAUGUAUUUUUAAAAUUUCUUGCUGGAGAAAAACUUCCAUCAUUAGAAAAUUUAGCUAGUGAAUCAAUAUUACGUAAACCAAAAGAUAAUAGCUAUAUUGGUGCUGUUAAUGCGGGAGUUAUUCUUAGUUCAAUUGGACAACCAACAGGUACAAUGGGUUAUCAAACAUAUAUGGUCAAUGAUGAAUCACAUAUUGAAGAAAUAAUGGUUAUUGGACGACCAUUUUAUGAUGAUAGUAAAGGUGUUAAAAUAAAUCCAUUAUUAAAAAAUCUUCCUUCAAAUAUGAAUAAUAAUCAAACAACAACAACACUUUUACCACAAACAAUAACAUUAACAUCAGAUUCACAACAACAAAAUAUGAAUACACUAACUAGUUUAUUUCAUAAUGCACAAACUGUACCAAAUAUGCUUAAUAAUUCGACAACAAUUACAUUACCACAAGAUAUACUUAAUCAAAUAAGUAAUGGAACAUUGACAGUAACACAAACACCUAAUGGAAAUGAAGGUAUUGAAUCAGCAACAGCAUCAGCUGCUGCAAUACUUAGUCAAUUAAAUAAAAUUGUGCAAGGACAACAACAAACAAAUGAUUCAAAUAGAGUACAAAAUGAAAAAGAUACAGCAGAUGCACUUUUAGCUGCAGCAAUAUCAAAAACAAAUUUUGGUACACAUAAUUCAAAUGGAUCACAGGAAAUGUAUCAACAAUCGAUUACAACAAAUCAAUCAAAUAAUACGAAUUCAUCUUAUAUGGAUGUUGAUGGUUCAUCAUUAGCAGCUGCUGCUUUAUAUAAUAUGAAAAAUGAACAAUUACAAUUAGCAAAUGCUGCACUUCAACAACAAGUAACAUCUACUGAUAACAAACAAAAAGAAAUGCCAGAACAAUCUGUUGCGACAACUACUGAAGCUGGACAAAAUUUUACAGGCGAAGAAGGAGAAAUAGGAUCAGAAAUACCAUAUGAACUUGGUCAAUUUUUAUUAUACAAAGGUCAUUUUCUUAAUCUACUUCAUUUUCCAAUUUGGAAAGUACAUACAAAAACACUUUUACUUAAAUAUGAUACUGUACUUGCUGAUUCUGAAAUCGCAUGGGAAGCAACAGAUGAAGGAAUGUUUUAUACUAAUGUUUAUGAAGAUUAUAUUCCGCUUAAAUGUGAAGUUAAAGGUUUACAUAAUAAUCAAGAAGUUGUUCGUAUUGUUGAUGAAUCCCAUCCAAUAAAACUAAAAAUUCAUGGUCAUAUGAGUUUCGUACGUAUUCAACAUGAUGUUUAUGCUCAAGUACUUGUUAAUCAUGUUUACGAUGUUGAUGUAUUACCAAGAAUAAAAGCGAAUACUGAUGAAUAUGCAACAUAUAUUCGGUUAAUCGAUGAAAUUCUCGAACAACGUUAUAAUUAUGUUAUUCAAUCACGACGCACAAUAGAAACAUUUCCAUGUGCAAUUGCUAAAUAUCCAUUACUUGAUAUUAUAGCUCAACCACAACGACAAUUACAUUGUCAAGUUACAGAAGAUAAAUCACAAUCAGUUUCACAUACAUUACGUUUUCAUGGAAAUCAAUAUGAUGUUGAUACAUUAAAAGCUAGCGAAACACCAUUACAAGUAUUAGAAAUAUUUGUUUGUGAAAAUAUUGCUGCUCUAGCUCAAACAGCUCAUCAUCUAAAACAUCAUGUUUAUCAUAUGUUUUGUCAUGCACAACAAAAAGUUGCUGAAUUACAAGCAUUAAAUCCAACAGCUGAUGCAACGGAAUUAAUUAGUGCAAUAUGUAGUGAUACAACAUGGUUACAAGAAUUAUUUGAUCGAUUUGAUUCAAUAAUACAACAAGCUGAUACAUAUAUUUUUUCGAAUGUUGACAUAGUUUGGUAG